GUGAGUACACUAAGUACAUACCUAUGCAGUUCUUUUCCUACGCGUUAUUUUUAGCAUGAAAUCGAUCGAUUAAUGGGAACUGCAUCAAAGUGUACAACAAAAGACGGCUACAAAUCACAAUUAAGAGUCCAGGAAGCAUGAGCAGACGCAGCACGGACGAUUACAAACGCCACAAGCCUGGCUUUGUGCGCGAGCGAUCUCGUUCGCGCUCCCCGCGCGGUGAUGACCGCCCCAUGGAGAACAUUGGCCUGGCCGCCAAGAACCGCUUGAAGAGCAUGGGUAUUCAGAUGAAGCUGAACAGCCAACGGCCGAUUAAUGCCGCCUCCACGGUCGCACGGCCAAAGAUCUCAGUUGCAACCGCGUUUAAUCAGGACAGCGAUGAUGAACCGGAGGAAAUGCCGCCGGAAGCAAAGAUGCGCAUGCGCAACAUCGGCAGAGAUACGCCAACGUCAUCAGGGCCAAACUCGUUCGGGAAGACAAAGCACGGUUUCUCGGACGCAAAGAAAGUCUUCGAGAAGAAUUUGCGUGAAGCGAUGGAGAACGGUUUACAGAAAAAACACACUCGCGGUGCUUCCAGCGAGAAGACCGUGCUCACGGACACAAAUCUUAAAGAAUCAGGGUAUAUUGCCGAGCUGGUAAACGAUACACAAUAAUGUUAGUUUACGAAAUGAUAAUUAAUUUAGCUGGUUAAGAAAUAAAUGAUGAUUUUGUUGUCGGCAUCA